AUGGAAUCGAAAAAUGUUUCCAAUACAAAUGCAUUCACAAUACACGGAUUUUCACAAUCACCAGACCUUCAGUAUCCUCUUUUUAUCAUUUUUUUAUUUGUUUAUUUGGCUAUUCUAUUGAGUAAUCUUACAGUUUUUUUAUGUAUAAUUAUGGACUCUCAUUUACAUACCCCUAUGUAUAUCUUCUUGUGGAACCUAUCAGUGCUAGAUAUAUCUUAUACCUCAACCAUUCUUCCCAAAUUGUUGGCUAUGCUCUUCACACAAUGUAAGAUAAUAUCCUUUUUAGGGUGUAUAUUACAGGUAUAUUUCUUCAUGUCCUUUGUUAGCACAGAAUUCCUUCUAUUGGCAGCAAUGGCUUAUGAUCGUUAUGUAGCAAUCUGUCAUCCUCUUCAUUAUUCUCUACUUAUGAGUGCCCAACGUUGUGGUCAACUGAUACUUUCAGUAUGGAUUAGUGGCUUCUUACAGCCAGUUCUCCACACCAUUUUCAUAGCUAACUUGUUUUUCUGUUCAUCCCACCAUAUCAACCACUUUUUCUGUGAUCUUUCUCCAUUGCUAAAACUUUCUUGUAGUGAUACCUCUAACAUUGAGAUCUGCACCUACAUUCUUGGAACGCUCUUAAGUGUUAGUGCAUUUUUGUUUACUCUGGUAUCAUAUAUGUUUAUCAUCUUUACUAUUUUAAAUAUUCACUCAGAAGCUGGACGUCUUAAAGCUUUUUCUACUUGUAGCUCUCACAUAACCAGUGUAAUCAUCUUUUAUGGAACAGUCACCUGUUUGUACAUGAGACCAGCAUCUAUGUAUUCUCCAGGACAGGACAAGUUUUUUUCUCUGUUGUACAUAAUACUUAUUCCACUGCUGAAUCCUCUUAUUUACAUCAUGAAGAAUAAGGACUUCAAA